GCAAACCCAGCACAGGUCCACAUGGCUGCAGCCAAGCACCUGCUACGGUACCUACGCGUAAUGCCGGACCUGCCGAUCGUGUCUAAGAAGGGGCAGUUCAGACUCUUGUGCUUCACUGACUCGUCAUUUGGAGCCAACCCAGACAACGGCAGGUCUACCACCGGAUACCUGUUCUUCCUAGGAGGGGGACUGAUCAGCUACGGAGCCAAGGCACAGACUCUCGCAGCACAGAACACCGUGGAGGCCGAACUUCAAGCGCUGAGCUUCAGUGCUCGCGAGGCAGUCUACAUCUCCAACUUCAUGACGGAAAUCGGAUUCAAGACCUUUCGAUCGGUACCCAUCAACAGCGACAGCACCGGAGCAUUGACUGUGGCCAGCAACGCGAUGUUCAGCUCUAGAACCAAGCACAUCGCGCUCCGGUUCUUCUUCCUCAGGGAACUCACGAAGGGGCACCGGAUCACUCUUCACCACCAACCUAGUGCCACGAUGUUGGCGGACAUCGCGACGAAACAUCUCCCCAAGCAGCGAUUCGCCACCAUCAUGCAACUCAUCAAGAACUACAAGUGCUAGAAGAUGUUAAACACAAGAUCGCGUAGCAUGGUUGAAUGUUUUGAACGCGUGUAUUGCUCA